AUGGCAAAUUCACAAGAUGUGUCGACAUCAAACCCCUUGCUGAAUCCCAUCAACACAUCCACCACAUUCUCCCUCUCAUCCUACUGGCCAUCGCUAGCCAGGAAAUCAGGAACAGCCUCAUACAUCAUUGCACCAUUCAAAGCAUCAUCCUCCACAUUGACUGCAAAUACAGCAACAUCACCACUAUCGCCCUCAUUACAACAGAAAGGAGCUGCAUUCAACAGCGUGAAAAGAUGGCGAUGGUGGAACCUUGUGGGCAUCUUCAUCUUUCUACUAAUUGCGACUGAGAUGGUAAUGAUCUUUAACAGCUACAAAUUACUGCACCAGGAGCUGUCUCCCAUCCGCAUAGUCAAGCGACAAUAUCCAUUCAAAGCAUACACCCAUUUAGAUACAAAUGUCGAGAGCCAAAUAGAGAAGGGGACUCAAGUGUACCAUGUCACCAAGGAAUUUGGCCCAGCUACACUGACAUCCCUAGGCAGAACUGUCACCGCACUCGCAGCAGCACAACAGGCGUCCAAUUUGACAGAAGUCGCCAUCGUGAUGCCAUUUUAUACAUUCAUGAGAAAGCUCAUUACGGACAAGGAAAUUGACAUGACAAUCGAUAUUCGAGGAAAGAGGCCCGGUCAAGUCAUGUCUGUGGAGUUUAGGGUGUGGAAAAUGAUGCAUGCCUUCAAUCCGCCAGUACAAAAGCCAAGCAAAUACGAAUGGCAGAUGAUUAACAAUGUCAACACCUCUGUCCUUAUCACGCCUCAACGCCCCGCCGCGCCUACUGAUGUUGUACCUGUGUAUAUGAUUGGCCAUGCCAACAGAAAACCGUUCAACCAAGCUUUCAAAUGUCGUACAGUCCAUGAUAUCAACACGGAAAACGAAUUACCCAAUGAAUGGAGAGACCAAUACUUUGCAAAGGCCGCUGCUGCCUUUCUGGCUCAUAAAGCAACUGCUGCUGAUGAAGAGUCCAUUUUCGCGCCUAUUCGUAUCGUACCCAGAGUGGAUAUCGUCCAUGUGCACGGUGCCUCCAAUGCCUAUGUCACUAAAUUUUUGCAAGACAAGAAAGACGCGGAUGAUUUGGGGCCAAGACCCCCUGCUAUUGUCUAUACGAUGCAUGAUCACCAAGACGAGAUUCAGUACCAAAACUCGUUUAGAAGCGUAAGAAAAUUCUUGGAACACAUGUCUGAGAGAGAGGCGCUUCGCAAAUACGUGUACGGUGGUAAAAUGUUCAUGUCAAAGCUAGCCAUUGAUCGUGCGGAUGCUGUCACUUUUACGAGUCGCCCCAUGGCUGCUGAUAUUGUCGAGGGUCGCCGUGAUUUCCAUCUGAAAGAGCUCAUCAUGGACAGUCUAUUGCGCAAGGUGGAAGGUGCUCGCUUCUACGGUAUCAGCAAUGCGAUUGACUAUUACAGCUCAGAGCACCCCUUCAUUACGGAUAAGCUAGUGAAUCGCAACAUGGGCUUCCCUCAAUAUGCGUUCGACAUGAUCAAAGACCAGCCCUUGAUCCAUUCCAAAGAUCCCUUGCACGCCUUGGCGCUUGAUAUCCCCGAGAACCCCACUUACUGGACGCUUUCUGAAAACCCCAACGAUUUCACAUUUGUAUUGAAGGAUCGCUCCAAGAGAUACCUGAUCAAGAGAGAUUUGUUCACCGAGGAAGACAUGAAGCGACCUGUUGUGCUGUUUCGAGGUGGAUUGGAAAAUAACAAGGGACUGGACAUAUUUGAAAAGGCUGCUGAAUAUUUCGUUAAACACAACAUGCGAUUUGUGAUUAUGGGAAACAGGAAGGAUUAUCCAUUCGACAAAUUGGAAGCACUGCAGCGAAUGUAUCCCAACCAUGUUUCGUUGAUCACCACAGGCAAAGAGCAGCGUCAAUUGGGCAUCUUUUGUCGAGCAGCUGCUGAUUUCGUAUUUGCACCCAACCCCAACGACAGCUUGGGCUUGGAAACAGUAGAGGGCAUGGUGUUUGGCUCAGCUGUCAUUACGACAGGUGCUGGUAGUUUGCAUGAAUCCAUCAUUGAUCGUCCUGCUGGUAGAGCUGGAAAACGCAAGGUGAAUGUUGCUCUUUUGGACCCUAACGUAUUGACAGAGAAAGGGUCUGUAGUCACUAGCUAUGAAUACUUUAACGGCUACGUCUAUGACCACGAUGACCACGCAUCAUUGGAGAUGGCUAUACAAGAUGCUGCCGUUGAUUUCCAAAAAAUCAAAAGCAUCAAGGCACUUCGUGAAGAAUUCAUACUGAGAAUGAUUCGUAGUGCAUUGAAUUUGGGUUGGGACCGAGGACACUUUCAAGGACCUGUCCACGAAUACAACCGAGUGUAUGAAUUGGCUCUGGAGGAUCGCUUAAUUCCAGAAAUGAAGAGACAUGAAGUCGAACAAGAGAGUGAGCUGGUGUCAAGACUUCAAGAUAUGGAUGUCGAAAUUGAUGAUUCCUGGGAGUAA